AAAUUUCCGUUGCCGGUACUCCCAUCAUUGAAGGGGAGGCAGCGGAGGGUUUAAGGUCGGCCUGUAAGUGAAAGUUAAGUUUGCACUUCGAUGGAGUCACUGAGCCACACCGGCCGGCUCGGCAUUUGCCUUUACUCGCCGCCGCCGCCUCCUCUCCUCCCUCUUCUCCUCAGACCCUCCUCCAAUCCCCACCUCCGCCCUUGCUCCGCCAGCAAAUGGGCCGACCGCCUCCUCUCCGACUUCCAAUACACCGCCGUCGGCACUGACUCCUCCUCCUCCCUUUCCACUGCCACUGCCACCGCCACCCUCGCUCCUCCCCCACUUGCGCCUCCCGAACGCCACCUCCCCAUCCCCAUCGACUUCUACCGGGUCCUCGGCGCCGAGCCCCACUUCCUCGGGGACGGCAUCAGGCGGGCCUACGAGGCCAGGGCCUGCAAGCCGCCCCAGUACGGCUUCAGCGACGAAGCUCUCAUCAGCCGCCGCCAGAUCCUCCAAGCAGCCUGCGAGACCCUCGCCAACCCCAGCUCUCGGAGGGACUACAACCAGGGACUCGCCGAGGACGAGCAGGAGACUAUCCUCACUGACGUCCCCUGGGAUAAGGUUCCCGGAGCUCUGUGCGUGCUGCAAGAAGCUGGAGAGGCCGAGGUGGUGCUCCAUAUCGGCGAGAGCUUGCUGAAGGAGAGGCUGCCCAAGGCUUUCAAGCAAGACAUCGUGCUAGCAAUGGCGCUGGCUUACGUGGACUUGUCCAGGGACGCAAUGUCUUUGGACCCGCCCGACUUCGUCGGCGGCUGUGAGGUGCUCGAGAGAGCUUUGAGGCUGCUACAGGAGGAAGGAGCCAGUAGCCUUGCGCCGGAUCUACAAGCACAGAUUGAUGAGACUUUGGAAGAGAUAACUCCUAGAUGUGUCCUGGAGCUCCUUGCUCUGCCGCUACAUGAUGAGUACAGGCACAAGAGAGAAGAGGGCCUCCAUGGUGUGAGAAACAUAUUAUGGGCAGUUGGAGGAGGGGGAGCAGCGGCAGUCGCUGGUGGAUUCACUCGAGAAGAUUUCAUGAAUGAGGCCUUUUUACGAAUGACUGCAGCUGAGCAGGUCGAUCUUUUUGCUGCUACACCGGGAAAUAUUCCGGCAGAGAGCUUUGAAGUCUAUGGAGUGGCUCUUGCACUUGUGGUGCAGGCAUUUGUUGGUAAAAAACCACAUCUCAUACAAGAUGCUGACAACCUUUUCCAGCAGCUUCAACAGACCAAAACGGCUGUAAUGAAUUCUACUCCUGUGUAUGUCCCUAGAGAGGAUCGGGAGAGAGACUUUGCUCUGGAAAGGGGUCUUUGUUCCCUUCUGGUGGGUGAGCUAGAUGAGUGCCGCUCGUGGUUGGGCCUAGAUAGUGAUAGUUCAUCCUACAGAGAUCCCUCAAUUGUGGAAUUUGUCUUGGAGAACUCAAGGGAUGAUGAGGAUAGUGAUCUUCCUGGGCUUUGUAAAUUGUUGGAGACAUGGUUAAUGGAGGUGGUUUUCCCCAGAUUUAGGGACACUAAAGAUAUACAGUUCAAACUUGGUGACUAUUAUGAUGAUCCCACUGUCCUUAGAUACUUAGAGAGGCUCGAAGGAGUCGGUGGUUCCCCAUUGGCAGCGGCUGCUGCUAUCGUGAGAAUAGGGGCUGAAGCUGGUGCAGUUCUAGGGAAUGUGAAGGCUAGUGCCAUUGAAGCACUCCAGAAAGUUUUCCCUCUCAAGGGCCACAUGGAGCAGAGCGUGGACGGACGGCUUCAGGAAGAUGUGGACCCAGCAGAGUAUUUAUUUCCAGAGAUGGAGAACUUAGAGCCCGCAGAAGGGUCUGACAAGGAGGAUCUUAUGGAGGCAGUUAAGAUUCCCGUGAAUAAUAUAUCGUCAGUAGGAAGAAGUGAAGACAUGACAAUUGCAGACAAAAUUAAGGAUGCGAGUGUGAAGAUCAUGUCUGCUGGUGCGGCAAUUGGACUGAUCACUUUAGUUGGUCUCAAGUAUUUACCUGCUAAGAAAGGAUCAUCAGUUUUGCGCAAAGAAGUUGGUGCUGCAAUGGCAUCUGAUGUUAUGAGUGUAGGUGGGUCACUAAAAGAAAUGUCAGAGGAAUUGCCAAGAAUGGAUGCUAGACUUGCAGAAUCUCUUGUUCGCAAGUGGCAGGUCAUUAAAUCGCAGGCCCUUGGGCCCGAUCAUUGUCUUGAAAAAUUACCUGAGGUAUUGGACGGUCAGAUGUUGAAGAUAUGGACAGAUCGUGCAGCCGAGAUUGCUCAAAACGGCUGGUUCUGGGACUACACCCUGCUCAAUCUUGGGAUCGACAGUGUGACUCUUUCAUUGGAUGGGAGGAGGGCCACAGUAGAAGUCACGCUUGAGGAGUCUGCGCGCCUGACAGAUGUUAAGAAUCCCGAGCGGAAUGAUUCCUACAGCAGGACGUACACAACAAGGUAUGAGAUGUCCUGCGCCGACUCGGGAUGGAAAAUUACUGAGGGAGCUGUCCUCAGGUUAUGAAUUUGUAAUUGCGUUUUCUUGAGCGGUCUGCUUCGACCUUGUAAUUAGCUUAUUUUGGUGUUUGUACAACAGUGUCUACUAAAUAAUGUAUUGAAAGUAUCUUGUCAUAAUC